AUGGAUGCGCGAGCUAGAUACAAUUUUGGCGGGUCUGCUGCUGGGAAUCCCCUGCUUCCAGUUUCCGCUUUUUCCGCUUACAGCCUCCUUAGAAACUACAAUUUGUUGUCUGCUCCAACCGAAGAACUACACCUCAAACAUUUAAGGAAUCACUCUACUGAUUUGGCGCUGCAGUCUCCUCCAAUAUUAGAUGACCAUCCAGCAUUCUCAUGUCAGGAUUCCAAUAAAAAUUACAUUUCUUUACCUGGUCAGUCGUUUUUGGCAAACAGUCACAUCUUUAAUUAUUCGCAUCAUUUGAACCUACUUCAAAAUGAACCGUUUAGUAAUUCCAACAGUAAAAGACGAUGCGAAAAGAAACCAAUUCCUGAUGAACAAAAAGACGAUAAAUAUUUUGAGAGAAGAAAAAGAAACAAUCAAGCAGCAAAAAAAUCUAGAGAUGCUCGAAAAAUACGAGAAGAUAAGGUUGCAUUAAGGGCGACGAUUUUGGAACACGAAAACGCUCUUUUAAGAGCACAGGUUUUAACACUAAAAGAAGAAGCUUCAUCUUUGAGACAAAUGUUAUUACACAAGAAAACGUUAGAAUUAACAUAA